AAUGUCAAGACACCUGAACUGGCAGGUACUCUGGACUCAGGCGAUGUGGCAGACAGAAGAGUGCAACAUGAUCAGCAAAGCGAUGCAUUAUCUGGACUGGGAAAAGGUCUGGCAACUCUUUGGGCCCAACAUUUACAUCAUUAGCAGAACCCGCACUCAUAUGAACGAAAUAUGGACACAGGUACUGGUAACCCGGAGGACGUAUACCAGUCUGAUGAAAUUAGACCUACACACGCACGGUUCUGCGUUGCUGCUUGGACAACACGGCAGGAUCCUGAACGCUGUCUCCUACCAGCAGGCAACUCACACAGUCACUCACUUCACACAAAUCGCCUUGGAGGAUCUCCACGGAGACGGACGUUGGUUCUACGAUGAUAGUAUUGAACACUCUCCUCACCUCCCCAGACCUAACCGGUUUAACGAUGGGCAACAAGAUGAGGAAGUAUCGCAACCUAAAUGCGCAGAAACUUCUACUGAUGCUGCCAAUCUUCACUCUCUGCUUCAGACCAAAAAACUGCCGGAGUCCCAUGAUAAAAAUCUCUUAGGAAGUCUCACAAAACUCGGUAUUGGCCACCGCGGAACAAGUAGAAGCAAACCCCAACCUAAAGACAGUAAACCGCUAGUCAACGAUUCCUCAGUAGCAACGGGAGCUAUAGAAGGGAACAUUGAAACGGAGGACAGUGAUGAAGUAAGCGUACACAGCGACGCUAUAUCAAGUGCUUCGUUUCAAAUGAGCGAGGAAGAUGAAAGCACUCAAACGGACAGUGAUCAAGAAAGCAUAUACAGCGACGCGAUAUCAAGUGAUUCGUUUCAAAUGUGCGAAGAAGAUGAAGAAGAAUUGGACUUCAGUAAACGGAUAGUCAUCAAGUUCGUGGACAACCUCUUUAACGAUGGUGAAGUGGGAGAAUUGAGGGAGGAGCUGGUGCGGAGCAAUCAGUUCAUCAUGGAAGACAGUAUCACCUCAUGCAAAGUGGUCUUGUCGAGAAUAAUAAUUGGAUUCAGUUCUAUUUCUGUCCUCAAUGAAGUCUUGACGAAAGGUGUUGAGAUUUUUGGUGUAAGUUUCCCACCUUCGAGCAUGCGCUUGGUCGAUGAUUUGGACUCGGAGGAGAUGGGAUCAGCAGUUAUCCGCCCUGACAGUUGGAGUGUUUGGAACAACCCGGAAGUCAGCCCUAAGCUUUACCUGGUCACUGAGAUGAAUGAAGAUGUUGGUAAACCUGAUGUUUUAGGAUUAACUGAUAUUGAUGCUAGUCUGCUGCCGUGUCCUCAGUACCUUCCCCUGGAGAGACUAAGCCGGUGCGUACACCUCGAGGACGCCAUAGAGAUCAUAACAGAAGAACAUCUUCCAUCUUCCACUAUUGCCUCCAAUAGAAAAAAGGAAGUGGCAGAUAUCAAGGUGUUAUGGUGCCAGGGCAUGUGGCCAGUCCGAAGGCACAAUAUGUUCGGCAACGUGUCGUUCUAUCUGGACUGGGAAGAGGUCUUGGAGCGAUUCGGACCAAAUAUCUAUUGUUUGAACAUCGGGCGCACUCAGAAAGAUGAAAUAAGAACCCAGUUGCUGGUGACCCGUAAAACGUACACUACUCUACAAAAAUUAGACCUACACACGCACGGGUCUGCGCUGCUGCUCGGAACAGACGGCAGGAUGCUACGCGCCGUAUCCUACCAGCAGGGUUCCCACACCGUCACGCACAUCACGCAAAUUGCCCUGGAGGAUCUUGAUGAUGAUGGACGUUGGUUCUAUGCUAGUUGUGAUAAAAUGUGCAACGACCACAUGACGAAGGAACAUCACUUUUGCUUCAAGUACAACAUAAUGAGGAAGAAGAAGCCAUGUCCGUCCCCCUUGAAGGCUGGGGACACGUGGAUGCUGCUGGAAAGCUGGUUAGGUCCUGAGGAGAUGGCACGUGUGUUCGAAACGAAGCUUUAG